CGGAAGCUGAGUUGGAGCUCUCCAUCUGUAACUUUAUGGGUGCGGAGCUUAUAUUAAGCCAGGCACCCGUCAACAUCGUUGAUGAUGUGACGCAACAGUCGAACUGAAUUGCAUCUAAUCUUUUCAGUGAUUCGAAACUUGAUUCAAAGUGCUUUUGUACAUGAUAGCUUCUAGUAUCUAGACUUAGAACCUUUCGAGAUUGACUACCCGGUCGGCAGCAGGAACUCUUUCCUCGGCCGGACCUGCACCUUCCUUGCCACACUGCAACACCCCUCAUCAUCAGCACCUGGAGCCGACACCCUUGAUUGCCUCAACCGUCAACCUCGCUCAACCAUACCCAACCUCUUCAUCGUCGUCUAUUCUUAUACUAUACCUAUUGUUAUCAUCAUUGGAUCCUGUCCCUAAUUGUCCUCCACCAUGAAGCUGUCAACAGCUCUAGCUCUCGGCGCAACUGCCUCUACUGGGACCUGGGCUUACGCCGUUCCACAACAAGACGUCCUGGAAAACCCGAACAUCCACCACGAGCAGGAGCAAUAUCUAAUUGAGCUGGCCCCAUAUGAGACAAGAUGGGUCACAGAGGAAGAGAAAUGGGCUCUGAAACUGGACGGGGUCAACUUUAUCGAUAUCACAGAAGAACAAACCCUCGGUGUUUCCCCCGCCCUCGACGCCAGUACCUAUGUCACCUAUCCUCAGCAAAUGGGCCAUGUCGAGAAAGUAAAGGGUCUCCUUCCGUCGCUAUCUAAGGACAAUAUGAGAAAGGACCUGGAGAAGUUCACCUCAUUCCACACGCGGUACUAUAAGUCGGACUAUGGGAUUGAGGCUGCGAAUUGGCUUUACGACCAAAUUCGGAAGGUGGUCACAGACUCGAAGGCCCACGAGUGGGGUGCCACGGUGGAGAAGUUUGACCAUCCCUGGGGCCAGUCCAGCAUCAUCGCCCGCAUCCCAGGUCUCACCAACAAAACUAUCGCAUUGGGAAGCCAUUUAGACUCGAUCAACCUCUUCAUUCCCAGUCUACUCAGGAGCCCUGGUGCUGACGAUGACGGGAGCGGAACUGUCACGAUUCUCGAGGGCCUGCGAGGUCUCCUGAAAUCAGAUAUCAUCGCCCGCUCCCAGGCACCAAACACGAUUGAGUUCCAUUGGUACUCGGCGGAGGAAGGGGGUAUGCUUGGCUCCCAGGCGAUCUUCUCACAGUAUAAGAAGAAUCAGUACGAUGUCAAAGCUAUGCUUCAGCAAGACAUGACUGGUUAUAUCCAGGGCACCCUUGACGCUGGACAAAAAGAGGCGAUAGGCAUAAUGACCGACUACGUGGACGUUGGCCUCACAUCCUUCCUCAAGACCGUCGUAACUACCUACUGCAAUAUCGGCUUCACUGAGACCAAGUGCGGCUACGCCUGCUCUGACCAUACGUCCGCGAGCAAGUAUGGAUACCCAUCGGCCAUGGCAACAGAAUCCCGCAUGGAGCAUAGCAAUAAGCGCAUCCACACUACGGGUGAUAGCAUUGAGCAUUUGAACUUUGAUCAUAUGUUGGAGCACGCCCGGCUGACUGUUGGAUUUGCCUAUGAGCUUGCGUUCGCAGUACUCUGAUCCCUUCAUGACCUGAACGAUUAAUGUAUUGUUAGUGGCGGCUUCUCUUUCAUUAUCUUGAAUACAAGCAGUAGAUGCAGUCUUUCAGUGCCCUCUUAGUAUCGAACAUGUUGAC